CAAGUAGUAGGAGCAACAGUUGACAACAGUCCAGACAGACAGACAGUCCUCCAAGGUUCCCAGUUACCCAUUGUCCAGCCAAGGAGCGCAAGCAAGCAAGUGAAACGGAUUAAAACGAUAUUUAAAACCAGGAACGAACGACAUCAACCCGCGCGCAGCUAAUCCCGAGAACAACAGCCAAGGCACACACACCACACGCACAGAGAGAGAGAGAGAGAGUGGAAACAGCGACGCCAACAUGAAGCCCGACCUACUUGCUCUCUGCAUUCUGGCCACCCUGAUCUUGGGCUGCAACACACGGCACGUCUUUGGCUUUCUGACAUCGCAGAGCCAAACGGCCGCUGCCGCAGCACCCGCUACAGUGGAUGGCGGCAUCGAUGGUGCAUCCUCGCCGCAGAGAUUGCAUUUGCCGCCCAUCUUUGGCGGUGGCAUGCCAUCCCAUCAGGCGCGUCGUCAGGGCCCCCCAUCGCUGGAUGCCGAUGCACAGGAACGAGCGGUUUACGAUCCCGGCGAUGAGCUGCUGCACGCCCUGAAUGCCGAACGGGAGCAGCAGCAGGAGCAGGAGCUGGCCCGUGGACUGGGCAUGGGCAUGGGCCUGAUACCCCAGCAACAGCAACAGCAACAGCCCGACUAUGCGGACACCGUUUACAACGAACUGGAGUUGGCCAAUCAGUUUGAGACGCUCAAGAAGCUGGAGGAGGAUUUACGGGCCGAGCAGGAGCUGGUGGACAAAUCCGCUUUGCUCAUGAAAAUGCUUGAGGAUCCCACGCUGGAGACUUUACCACUGGUUUAUGUCGAGGAGGAGGAGGAGGACGAGCAGCAGCAGCUGCCUGAGGGCAUGAUUGCUUCCGCUCCAGCCACGGAUGAGUAUGCCGAAAUGGAGAACAGCGUUCAGGAUCUGGUCCUGGGCCAGAGCAAGCCCAAGCGUUCGCGUUACUACCGUCGCUAUCCAUGGAAGCGUCACAACAAGAAUCGCGGUUCUUACAUGAAUUCUAUCAACAGUAACUAUGAACCGGAGCUGCGUUAUGCCUGUACGCCCAGCAAGGAGGAUAUACUGAAGCUGCUCAUCAAUCUGCAUGAGAAUCGCAAGGGGAAUCACAGCAAGACGGUGAACUUUUGCAAUCGCAAGCGUCCGGCCAAGGCGGUCUUUACCAAUAUACGAUUUCUGGGCUAAAAAGAAGGAUGUUUGCAGCACACACCACAGACACACCACAGACAUACAAACACGACACACCAACCACACACACACACACACACACACACAUAUGUAUACCAAGCAUCAAUUGUAUAUUGCUGACCAAGUCGAGCGCUAAAACUGGAGAACAACAAGCACUAACAAUUAGCCUAAAUAACUAACUAACUAACUAACUAACUAAAAAAAUAUACACUAACUAAAAGUAAACUUUGUAGAGAACAAUUUAGAGUUCUCUCUCACUCUUUCCUGCCUUUCCCCCGCCCCUCCUUAACCUAACUCUAAUUGUAGGACAAUUAAAAACUUUUAUAGCUCUCAAUGUGUUGUAUAUACUAACUAACUAUUUAGACAAAGUUGUUCCAUCGUCUCGUUCGCGUUCCACGUCUUAAUUGCUAAACGAAACGAUUUGCAAAACACAAAAAAAAAAAAUAUAUAUAUAUAUGUUGCCAUAUCAUUAAAAAACAAAACACAUUUUAAUCGUCCCGUGAACGUCCCCGCGGUCGCUCGGUCCAAAGCCACGAGUAUUAUAAGAGCUCUAAUAAAAAAUGGAGCCACGCAACUAAAUAAUAUCAUUGCUACUAUAUCAAUGUGUAUAUAUAUACUAAUAUCUAUGUAUUAAUAUCUGUGCACUAUAUGUGUAUGUUUUAUCUGCUAUAUCUAAUGUAAAGUCGAUAAAUAUACAUGUCAAAA